GCGCGGUAAGCAGGAAAUUUUUUCUCUGUCGGGUGAAUUCCAAUGAAUGAAUUUUGUGUUACAGCAGCUGUAAAUGACUAUAGUGACUUACAUCACUGUUACUGUACAGCUGCAGUGUCUUUGCUGGAGCACUUUGAACCCUGAUGACACCUUGACAACAGUGUGACUUUGAAAACCUUCACAGAUGACUUCUGAAAUUCAUCUGAGACAACUGGGGAUAUUCGAUGGAUUUGUGAUUUAAUGUUUUUUCUGGCUUUGUUUAUGGCAUUAGUGAAUGAGAGGACCUUGGUGAUGUCUUUUUUCGGGUGGCGACAGACAAGGUAACAGGCAAGCUGAGUUCAACUCUUUCAUGGGUGAAGAACUCAGUGUCGCAUACGGUGAGUCAGAUGGCUAGUCAGGUGGCAACACCCUCUUCGCUGCACACCACAGCGGCUUCGUCAACUACCUCGCUGUCCUCGCCCUCAUCGGCCUCCCCGUCCCAGCUCAGCCCGGAUGAUGUGGAGCUGUUGGCCAAACUAGAGGAGCAGAACAGGUUGUUGGAGACAGACAGUAAAUCUUUACGUUCCGUAAAUGGCUCACGGAGGAACAGUGGCUCCUCGCUGGUGUCCAGUUCAUCAGCCUCCUCCAACUUAUCACACUUGGAGGAGGAUACAUGGAUUAUGUGGGGACGAAUCGUCAAUGAGUGGGAAGACGUGCGGAAGAAGAAGGAAAAGCAACUAAAGGAUUUGGUUAGGAAAGGCAUUCCCCAUCACUUCCGAGCAAUAGUGUGGCAGCUGUUAUGCAAUGCCCAGAGUCUUCCUAUAAAGGAACAAUACUCUGAGCUGCUGAAGAUGACCUCGCCCUGUGAAAAACUCAUCCGCAGGGACAUUGCCCGGACCUACCCUGAACACGAGUUCUUUAAGGAGAAGGACAGUCUGGGACAAGAGGUGCUCUUUAAUGUUAUGAAGGCUUAUUCUCUGGUUGAUAGAGAGGUUGGCUACUGUCAGGGAAGUGCUUUCAUUGUUGGCCUUCUUCUUAUGCAGAUGCCAGAAGAGGAAGCUUUCUGUGUGUUUGUGAAACUGAUGCAGGACUACAGGCUGAGAGAACUUUUUAAACCCAGUAUGGCUGAACUGGGUCUUUGCAUGUACCAGUUUGAAUGUAUGAUUCAGGAGCAGCUCCCAGAGCUUUAUGUGCACUUCCAGGCCCAGAGUUUCCAUACCUCCAUGUACGCAUCAUCCUGGUUCCUCACCAUCUUUCUUACCUCAUUUCCUCUUCCUGUUGCCACCAGGAUCUUUGACAUUUUCAUGUGUGAGGGUUUAGAAAUAGUGUUUCGUGUGGGAAUGGCCAUCCUGCAGAUGAAUCAGGCUGAACUAAUGCAGUUGGACAUGGAGGGGAUGUUGCAGCACUUUCAGAAGAUCAUCCCUUACCAGCUGGAAAGUGGACCAGACAAAGUAAUUCAAGCUGCUUAUCAAGUCAAAUACAAUGCCAAGAAAAUGAAAAAAUUGGAGAAAGAAUACACUACAAUCAAAACCAAGGAGAUGGAGGAACAGGUGGAGAUCAAGAGACUACGCACAGAAAACAGACUUCUAAAGCAGCGAAUAGACACUUUGGAAAAAGAAAGUGCUUCUUUGGCAGAUAGAUUGAUUCAGGGUCAGGUGACUCGAGCCCAAGAGGCAGAGGAGAACUAUCUGGUCAAGCGGGAACUGGCCACAGUUAAACAACAGAACGAAGAGACCAGUGCACAGCUGGAGCAGGCGCAAAACACCAUCCGACAGCUCCAACGUCAGCCCUAUUUGAAGAUGAACCCGCGUUACUCUGAGGAGUUCAUUUUGCAGUUGGAGAGGGAGCUUGUACAGGCCAGACUUAAGGAAGCUGAGUCUCAGUGUGCCCUGAAAGAGAUGCAAGACAAAAUCCUCGACAUGGAGAAGAGAAACUCAUCACUGCCAGAUGAGAAUAAUGUGGUUCGUUUACAAGAAGAACUAAUUGGUGUAAAGCUGCGGGAGGCGGAGGCUAUAACAGGCCUUAAGGAGCUUAGACAGCAGGUCAGAGGUCUUGAGGAUCACUGGCAGAGGCAUUUGGCGCGCACGGCGGGCCGGUGGAAAGACAGCCCACGAAAGAAUGCAACGAGCGAACUGCAGGACGAGCUGAUGAGCGUGAGGCUUAAAGAGGCCGAGGCUCAGGCUGAACUAAGAGAGACCAGACAGAGGAUGCUGGAGCUGGAGACACAGAAUCAAAUACAUAGUAAUCAAUUGCGACGGGCGGAACAGGAGGCACGAAGCCUACAGGAGCAACUGCAGGCUUUGACCAGCCAGAGCAAGAUGCUGCUUGCAGAGCUGCAGGAGACAAAACGGAAACAGGCUGAAAUAGAGUGCAAGAACAAAGAAGAGGUAAUGGCAGUGAGGUUGAGAGAAGCAGACAAUAUAGCUGCCAUGGCUGAACUUCAACAGCAGAUAUCUGAACUUGAGAUUCAGAAAGAGGAAGGAAAGGUCCAAGGCCAGCUAAACAACACGGACUCCAGCCAGUACAUCCGAGACCUCAAAGACCAGAUAGCCGAUCUCAAAGACGAGAUCCGGUGUUUAAGAGGACAAAGGGGUUUAACCAACCAACCAAGUUUUGAUGGAAUUCAUAUAGUCAAUCACUAUGGCGGAGACCAUGAAUCCUACCCGUCUUCUGAUGAAGAUGGAGUGAAGAUGUCACCCUGCCUGACUGGUCGUCAGAUUAGAGGCCGGAUCACACUACACCCGAAUCUUGGGGACUCUGAAAGCGAUGAUGAUGAGGAUGGAGAUGACCUACAGCUUACUGUGCCCUCGAAUGACAACCGUAAAACAACUACAGUGUGAUCGCGUGCAUGGAUGACGUAGACUGGCCAUCUAAAGUCUGGGAAAGAGCGCAUACAACCUCUCAUGUAAGAGGAAACAUUAAAAACUUGCCUACGUCGAGCAUGGGGCUAGAACUGGAGAACUUGAAAAGUCCUUGUUCAUCUUUACAAAUGAACUUUGGAGUCAUAUUUCUUAUAAAGUCAUGGUUUACAUCUGCAUUUGUUUUGUUUUUGCCAAAAUGCGUCGGAUGUUUGUCAUGGCACUUUAAUGUUCCUAAUUUUAGGUGCAGUGUGCCUCUCUAGACUCUUGAGAUCAUAGUAAUGAAGAUCAUCAUGUUGUGGAAGGAGAUUCACAAAUCUAUAAAACAUCACUUUUGGGUGUUUCAAAUACCCUAGAAUGGUUUUCUUAUUAUGAGAAGAGAUUUUGUAUAGCGUAGUAUUUUAUGCAUACUUGUACGUUUUCAUCGUCAUAGCUUUUAUUUUUUAAAUCAUCCAUUUUUUUUAAACAAACAAUGAGAAACCGGUGAGUGAAUUUGCUGGUGUACAUAACUUUAAGGGAAGCUUAUUAAACAAUUGAACACUAUAAUUUUUUAAUUAAACUUGUCCCAUAUCAA